AUGAACCUAUCAAAUCCAAUAAAAAAUCAAAAACUGCGUGGGAUAGUGCUGGGAAAUUAUUGCUGGAAUUUUAAAUUAGCUCUUCCCGGAACAUUAAUACAAAAGAUUGAACAAUGUAAUAGAAGUUACGUUCGGUAUAACAAAGUUACCUUAAAAAGACCAACUUUCUCACAAAAUAUUCAUACUAAACGUAAAAAUCCAAAUCCAAAUCAAUAG